CAGCCACCUGUAGGCUCCCAGCCUUUACCGCGAUGUGAUGUCAUUGCUGGGGGGUGGAGCCCGCACCUGGCUGGUCCUAAUUCUAUAACUAGGGCCCUUGUUUUCUCUAGAUCCUGGACCACAGCCCCCUGCUUGAUGGGGCUCGAGAGGGGUCCGCCGCCCACGUAUUUCUUAAACAACGUUUAAAGACUAUAUGACAGCCCAUUCUCAAGAAGACUUAUUCCUCCGUGAUGGAGAAAUACGAAAAAAUUGGGAAGAUUGGAGAAGGCUCCUACGGGGUGGUGUUCAAGUGCAGAAAUAGGGACACGGGGCAGAUCGUGGCCAUCAAGAGGUUUCUGGAAACUGAAGAUGACCCUGUCAUCAAGAAAAUCGCCCUUCGAGAAAUCCGCAUGCUCAAGCAACUGAAGCAUCCCAACCUCGUCAACCUCCUGGAGGUCUUCCGGCGUAAGCGGAGGCUUCACCUGGUGUUCGAGUACUGCGACCACACAGUGCUGCACGAGCUGGAUAGAUACCAGAGAGGGGUACCAGAACAUCUCAUGAAGAGCAUAAUUUGGCAGACACUGCAGGCUGUAAAUUUCUGCCAUAAACACAAUUGCAUACAUAGAGAUGUGAAACCAGAAAACAUUCUCAUCACAAAACACUCAAUCAUUAAGCUCUGUGACUUUGGGUUUGCCCGGCUUCUCACCGGACCAGGUGACUACUACACAGACUAUGUGGCCACCAGGUGGUACCGCUCACCUGAGCUGCUGGUGGGGGACACACAGUAUGGCCCCCCGGUAGAUGUUUGGGCAAUUGGCUGCGUCUUUGCUGAGCUGCUAUCCGGAGUGCCUCUGUGGCCAGGAAAAUCUGAUGUGGAUCAGCUCUAUCUGAUAAGGAAAACCCUGGGGGACCUCAUUCCCAGGCACCAGCAAGUAUUUAGCAUGAAUCAGUACUUCAGUGGGGUGAAAAUUCCAGACCCUGAGGAUAUGGAAACCCUUGAGUCGAAAUUUCCAAACAUCUCCUACCCUGCCUUGAGCUUCUUAAAGGGCUGCCUCCACAUGGACCCGGCUGAGAGGUUGACAUGCGAAGAGCUGCUGCGGCACCCAUAUUUUGACAACAUUCGAGAAGUUGGGGAUUUGACGAGACAACAUGACAAGUCAGUGAGGAAGACCCUGAGACAGAGUCGAAAGCACCUGACUGGGUUGCAGUACCUACCUCAGCUAACCAGCAGCAGCAUCCUUCCAGCUUUGGACAAUAAGAAGUACCACUGUAGUACCAAGAAACUUAACUACCAUUUCCCAAACAUUUAAGGAGCUAGCAGAGUAAUGAAGAAGUGAUCCGCAUUUUGAAGAAAAGAAACGUACACAUUUGAUCCCUGUGUUGAGCAUACAUCAGGCAAAAACACAGACCGAAAGCUGGAGGCCACUUAGCACAAUGUGAAGAGAAAUUCCAGAUCCAGAUCCCCAUGCUUGAUGGAGAUGUCCAGAGAAGAAAUCAAAAGCUUGGGGUUUCACUGGGUAUCCAAGCAGCAGAGCUUAAAGACAGGAUAUAAACUCUAUUUAUUGCCAUAGCUGUAACAGUAGAUGUUGGCAAAAGGACUUAUGCUUCAGUUUGCUGUCACAUGUGGAAAGCAGACCAUAUGUAUUUCUUUAGAUCUGUGCUGCCUUGGGUCCUAUCUCUAAUGUUUUUAGAUCAUAUUUAGGUAUGAUUUUAGUCCCUGAAAUCUAAAUGUUUGUGAUUCUAUUUCCUGUUUGCUCUUUCUGGAUUUUCCUGUUUUUAAACACGUUUUAGAAUAUCUAAGUUACUCAAAAUAUCCAAAGUCUUAAAAGUUAAUAGUUUUUGUGCACAUAUAACUGAUGAGAUACUUGUACAUCUCUUACAUACACUUUUAUCUUUACCCUAGGAAAGGGAUAGAAUGAGACCCACAGAAUGAACCUGUCAGCCUGAAAAUAAUUAUCAGUUUGUUCUUCAGCUUCAACUUCUUACCUGAAGACUGUUCUAUAAGCAAAACUCAUACAUGAUCUGGAUUUAGACAGAAUUGCUUGUGAACUUUAGACUGAAUCAGAAAACAUGUAGGUUGUUAAUUGAUAUUCUCUCCUUAAAGUAUCUCUUAUUUAUCUCUUAUUACAUUAUAUUAUAUCAUGAAUGUCUGUGAACACACACUCAUACAUUUGUACAUGGAUGUAUGUAUACAUGCCAUGCUGAUGAUUACAGUACAACAAAUAAGGAAGUGGUAAAAAUAAUACCGAGGAAAUUUUGGUUUUAAAUGACGAGACUUAAGAUUAAAAUUACCUUCGAUUUGGUUUGUUAUUCCCUAUGGCAAAGCUGUUCUCCCUGUCCCUGGACGCGGGCAAUGUGAGCCCCACACAGCUUUUCACUAUCAUUUCUGGUCCACGGGCUGCUAGUUCACAGGAGUUCUCGGACAUGGAUGUAAAGCUCUGUUUUACUGCAUCCUCAGAACAUUUCUUCUGCAUUCUCAUUUUCUUCCUGUGUCAAUUUCAUGACAUCACUUGGGCCCAUUCACUAAAACCUGUCACCUGUUCAAUAAUCUUGGCUACUCCAAGGCAAAGUAAGGCUUCCUAAAUAUAUAUAGCUUACUCCACAGACAUGACAGUGGGUUAAAAACAACUCCAAUAUUAUUCAAUUCCUCUUAAAUAGCCAUGAUUUAAGUGACAAGGAAGGAUAUCAACUUCUGUGAAUAGUUAAAAUUGCCUUUUCCCCCUUUAAAUCAAUGAAAAUGUAUUUGAAAGAAGCAAA